AAUGGGUAACGAAUAAAUCAAACCAAGUAUUGCACAUUCAAUUGAAUGGACAUUUAUAAGAGAAAUCAAAUAACAUCCUUUAUUUGGACAUAUCAAAGUAUACAAAGGACCUUCUAAUUAAUUAUAAUGUUUAAAGACAGUUAUUGUAGAAGAGUCCUAAUAUAAAGAUUAAAUGGAUUCCCUCAAAAAAAUGAUUGUUAAAGAUGUCUUAUCAUAAAACUAACCAAAUUGUUCUUCAUUAGUUAGUGUCAAUCGUUUAGAAACAUAAAAACAAGAAGAAUUUUGUUCUAAUUAUGUCAAAAUAUAUUUAACAGCCGAUUAUUCAGAUCAAUAAAUUUAAUAACCAAAAGAUGUUAAAUUAUUUAUGUUAAAUAUAAUUCAAGCACUCUAAAUUAUGGAUUAAAAAGGUGUAAAUAAUUGUUAAUUUUGUACUUCUAAAAUUUUACAAUUUGAUGAUCAUGUUAAAGUUGUUAAUACAUAAUUAUUUACUGAAAUUUCUGAUUAUGAAUAACUUUAUUUUAAUGAAGUUUCUAAAAAUGAUUGGAUGAUAGCACCAGAAGUAAUGAAUUCUUUAAAAGUUAAUUGUCCUCCAUCAUUCAAUAGUGAAUUAGCUGUUAUAUUUAAUUUUGGAAUCAUUAUGAUUAAUUUAUUAACAGGAAUUCAUCCUUAAGAUGCAUAAAUUUAUGAUUAUAAGAAUUUGACACUAAAUGAUAAUUUCUCAUCUUAUAUUCAUUCUAUUGAUUAAUUACAAAUACCAAGUAAAAUUAUUUUAAUAUUACUUAUUUUAGAUCAUAUUAAACAAUUAAUUUAAGAUUGUGUUAAUGUUAAGGCCACUCUAAGACCAACUUUUAAUUCAAUUAUUAAUUUAUUAAGAUAAGUUGAAAUUCCACUUUAAGUUUCACAAAUUAAAAAUGAAGAUGUUUCAACCAAUUAAAUAUUCAAUCCUUGUUAUGAAGAUGUUAAAAAAGUCUUAAGUGAAUCUCAUGUUAAUAAGAAUCUUAAUUUUCAUAAUGAAUCUCCAUAGAAAAUUGAAAAAUAAGAUUUUUUGACUGAUACUUAAUAAUCAGCAUAAUUUAGAAAAUCUAAAUAAAUCUAUAAUUUAGAAAAUGCAUAUAAUUCUAGAGCUUCUAUCUAAUAAAAGUAACAAAUCUAACAUACUUCUAAUAAAGUUAAGACUUAAACAAAAGUAUAAAAAGUCAAAAGCCCAAAUUAAAAGCCUAAACCAAUCAGGGCUAAUGGGAAUCAUCAAAAAUGA